GCGCUUUGUGUGAACUGUUGGGAAUGCAGCGCGAGUGUGCCGCCCGGGGGAGUGUCGGGCCGGGCUGGGGGAGUUGUCAGAAAGUUCGUGCGGGAGUGGCUGCAGGUCGGCGUGGUGGAGUGUGUAUGUAGGAGGGUGCGCCGGCUGUUGUGUCGAGAGGGUGCUGCCCCAGGCCAGUUAGGGCUUGCCAAGGUCCAGCCUAGCCUCUAGACACCAUGUCAGAUAGUGAUCUGGGCGAGGAUGAAGGUCUCCUCUCCCUGGCAGGCAAGAGGAAGCGCAGAGGGAACCUGCCCAAGGAGUCGGUGAAGAUCCUCCGGGACUGGCUGUACUUGCACCGCUACAACGCCUACCCCUCAGAGCAGGAGAAGCUGAGCCUUUCUGGACAGACCAACCUGUCAGUGCUGCAGAUAUGUAACUGGUUUAUCAACGCCCGCCGGCGGCUUCUCCCAGACAUGCUUCGGAAGGAUGGCAAAGAUCCCAACCAAUUCACCAUUUCCCGCCGCGGGGGUAAGGCCUCAGAUGUGGCCCUCCCCCGUGGCAGCAGCCCCUCGGUGCUGGCUGUGUCCGUACCAGCCCCCACCAAUGUGCUCUCCUUGUCUGUGUGCUCCGUGCCGCUCCACUCAGGCCAAGGGGAAAAGCCAGCAGCCUCCUUCCCACAAGGGGAGCUGGAGCCUCCCAAGCCCCUGGUGACCCCUGGCAGCACACUCACCCUGCUGACCAGGGCUGAAGCUGGAAGCCCCACAGGUGGACUCUUCAACACGCCACCACCCACACCCCCAGAGCAGGACAAGGAGGACUUCAGCAGCUUCCAGCUGCUGGUGGAGGUGGCGCUACAGAGGGCUGCUGAGAUGGAGCUCCAGAAACAGCAGGACCCAUCGCCCCCAUUACUGCACACUCCCAUCCCCUUAGUCUCUGAAAACCCCAAGUAGGCAUCUGCCAGUAGGGGUGCUCGAGGCUCGAGCCAGCUGUCCUGGGUUUCCGUUCUGGUUCCCUUUCAUACGGAGGGUUUUCUUUGGAUCACUGCCAAACAUCAGGAUCAUCUCCUCUGUUCAGAGGUCUUCAGCAGGAAGACACCAGCUGGUGUCACUGCACUGUGAUGGGGACCUCUCCUUUGCUGACUCUGCCAUUUCUCCAGGCCUCCUCAGUGAUGAGACCAAGAGAUAUUGGAGACAGGCAUGGUGCUGCUGCUGCUGCUUCUCCAGAGAGUCCCCGGGACACCUUUGUCCCAGCCUGCUUUCCUGGGCUGGGCACAGGAAACCUGCCAAGUUCAGACCUAUGCUGGGUCCAGGUUGCCCCUGAGCUGGGCCUCUUUUUGUUAAGCCAAGUGUGGACAUUCCAAGUUCAUAAGUGUGAACAAAAGAAAAGAGGAACCCAGCACAUGUAACAGAACCGACUCCAGUUGAAUGUUUAGGUUUUCACUAAACUUUGUGUUUAUUUUUCCCUUUUUGCUGUGGUUUGCAUUAAUGGGAGUAGUUAGCCCAGGUGUGGGGAAUGAGAGUGCGUUGCAUGAUGGAGUCUGAUGAACUGGGAAUGAUCCACCACUGCAAUUGGUGAUUGUUUUACAAGGAAGGAGUAUUUUUAUUUGGGGGACCAGCAGAAUCUCUGCAAAAUUCCAAAUGGUUGUUUUAUUGUUGGUUUGGUUUACCAAAAAAAAAAGCAGAAAAAAACUUAUAGGCUUUGGCUUUUCUGCAUCAGGCACAGAAGAGGAUAAAGCCACAGCUAGAGAGAGGGUCCAACAGAGAAUCUGACCAAACCUUCUAGGCGCAGAGCAGAGAAGGAUGACAAAACCAGAGAGGUGUUUGUUUUUUUUUUAUUUUUGUUUUUACUGUAUUUGGGGGGGGAUGGGGGAAGUAAGCUAGACUGAGGCAUUGGGUUUUUUUUUUUUCUCUUUAAUGUUUUCCCCUUCUUUAUCCUUGAAAGCUUUGCCCUGCAACCUGAGUUUUGAAUUCCUUUAGGAACUUGGAUUAGUGGGGCCAGAAUGUCAAAAGCUCCCAGUAGCUCCACUUGGAGAGAAGUGAGCCAUCUACUGGUCAGGAAGCCCUUGUAGCUGACUCAAAUGGGCAGCUUUUCCCACGAUGGUGGCAGGAAACUAUUCCUGGAGGAAGCAGGCAAUAGAACCCCCAGCUGCCUGAGGAACUGCCUUCAGAGGAGGCUGGGGCUGGAAAUCGGUUAUGAAGCCUGUUCGCAGUGAGUGUCUUUGUGUUGCACCUUUCUUUCAAUUGGAGUUGCAGAGGCUCCUGCCCUGAACUUCACAGUGAAACAGAUCACAGUUGGUCUUAUUCUCCUCCCUCCUCCCCAACUUUUAUUUUGCUGUUUCAUUGCUGACAGCAUUCAACAGCAAUAUACCCCAUCUUUAUAUAUCCUAAGAAACACUAAUCCUAGGUUAUUAUUAGCCGAAAUAUUUUUGUUCUGAAUAACAUUGUUACUGGGCCAAAAGACAGGUCAGGAGCCCCAGCCUGUAGUUUCCUCAAGUUGCCAAGUUGGGCACAUGGGGGAGAGUUCCUGGGUGUUGGCUGACUUGGGUGGGCCUGGUCAGGAGAAAGGCAGCAACAUAUGCUCUGUCCUUUCUAGAAUGAUCCCUGCAGCCUUCAGGGAGGCUCCUCUACUUCUGAGUGGCUUGGCCCACCCUUCGCUGUGGGAGUGGGGAUUGGUUAUUUAAGGAGAGAGAGCUUUGCUCUCUGUGAGUGAGCAAGUUUCCUAGGCUCCCUCUUGCCUCCCUGCCCGCUCCUUGCAUGCCCCGGGGGGAUCAGGGAUCCUCACCCUCCUGAGGCCCAGCUGGGUAAGAAUGAACAAGGCAGCUUCAAGGUUAGUUGAAGCUGCUGUUUGCUCAGCCUCCUCCACCCCACCCUUGUCUGUGAGCCCAGAUCUGUGUGACUGUUGCAAGAUGCUUGAAGCAGGGGACUCUGGAAGUGUAUUGGGCUGGGGUGGGACUUUUCCUUCCCACAGUGCACUGAGCAAUGGAGGUGGUGAGGGGUGAGAGAGCCAUGCUGCUGAAUUCUGGUUGGCAUUCCCCCCUCGUGCAAGAUGGGGAGGCUGGGGGUGGGGCAGCCUCUGCUUGGUUUGGUUGUGAGAUAAACCUGGAGGAGAAGCACAGUUAUCCCGUUGAAUUAUUUGAGCAAAAAACUACUGUAAAUAACUUUUGUUUUUGUCUUUUGUCAAAUAAAGUUGUUUUUGGUU